AUGUCGACGAGAGUAUAUCGUUUGUGGCAGCCCGGAAAUCCGAAAAUACGAGUGUUUUUGCCCGAUUUCUGGAUGAAAGUAGUCGACCCACAUCCUGUUCGAUUGCCUAAACAUGUUGUUAAGUUUGAAGUCGACAAAAGGAUGACGAGACACGAUAUUAGAGAAUAUUUGGAAAAAAUAUACAAUCUUCCAGUUCGAGAAGUUCGAACCUUGGUAAAAAGUGGUCAAGUUACAUAUGAUUUUCCUCUCGAUAAAGAGAAGCGAAAAGCUUUGUGGAAAGAAGAUGACAAAAAAUAUGCAUACGUUUUUAUGAAGAAAGGAUUCGAAUUUCAACUUCCAAAUUUAUUCGAAAAAUGCGAGGAACAAGAAAUGUGGGAAAAGAUGAAACAAAAGAUUCCAGAUGUAACAAACGCUGAGAUGAUUGACAUGAAACGGUUGGAUUUGAUUGAUGAUAAAGAAAUAUGGUUCUAUGGAUCACAUGAUAAAUGUGAACGAGCAACAAUUACAGAUCAGACUGUUUCGAAUAAAGCACAGAAGCAAAAGUCGAAACAAAGUCUUUUCGAAGAUUCAUUGGGUUGUUUUGUGAUUUACAAGCGACAAAACGAUGCAGUACUAAAAUGUGAGCAAGAAGGGCCAAUGGCAAGAGUGUUUGCAUUUGAAUAUUCCAUUCAUCAUCCAGGACAAAGGCGAUAUCUUGUAUCGACAGUAGAACGGUUCUGGCAGUGGUAUAAGAGACAAUGCGAUGUUUCAUUUUACGAACUAAUACCGCAAAAUCGUCCUGCACAUCUCUACUUUGAUCUUGAAUUUUAUCGAGAAACGAAUCCCAAUGUUAAAGAGGAGAAAUUGAUUAAAGAUUUUAAUGACUGCGUUAGUGAAGUAUUCACAGAAAUGUUUGGUAUUGAUCUAAGUCCGGAAAAAGAAAUGUUGGUGCUUGAUGCUUCAACAACUACUAAAUUCAGCGAGCAUAUUAUCGUCCAUUUAAUUAAUGGCCAAUUAUUUCCAUCAAACACUUCCAUGAAAUCUUUUAUGCAACAACUGAAGGAAAAAAUGUUAUCAUCUGGCCGAUGUUUAGUUUGGAAUGCGGACGCUACCAAACUGGUGACAUUUUUUGAUGCAGCUGUUUAUUCUGCGAAUCGUAAUUUUCGUUUGUAUUUAUCAUCAAAAUUGGGAAAAAAUAACCCUUUAGUACUCGCGCAGCGUUGUAAUUUCUAUGCCCACAAGAAACACCGUUCAAGAAAACAAAUUUUCCUCGAUUCAUUAAUCGUACCUAUCAAAUAUAAUACUCCCGAAAUCUUUCAUCUCUCAAUAACUAAUGGAGAAUUUCCGACUAUUCAAAGUAGAGAGCCAAAAAUCCUUACACUUCCUACUCGAGUUCCUGUAUCAAAUGAAAAUGUGGAUUGCAUGAUUGGCCAUGGAGCAACUUCACCUUUUCCCGUAUUGGAUCAACAUAUCAUCGCUAUAAACAGAUCGCAAAUUGCCGUUAUUGUUUCAAUAUUGGCCGAGAGCAUCGGAGUAACGGAAUAUAUUGGGUUGUGGAUUUAG